AUGCUAACUGCAACAACAAAGGAAAAUUCUUUGAGAUACAUUACUACCAGUAACAGUAGCGUUAAUAUUAACGUAAUUGGAAGUUUCCAACCAAAUAAUCAAACUAUAGCUUCUUCAUCAAUGAAUUCAAUUUUUGAUGAAGAAAAAGAAUCGGAAAAAACCAUCAAAAACAAAUCGGAUAGCGUGGCCGCACAAGCAUUUAAUUUAUUAGAAUCAGAAUUGAAUACAAUCUUCAUCACAAUAAAUAACGAAAAAGAUAAGGCCAAUAGCUACAAAUUAAUGUCAAAACUACUGUUUGAUAAACUUCACGACAAUUAUUAUAUGCAUGAUUUUUAUUCUGCUUUGGUUUCGAAACUGCUAAUUCGAUGCGUGAUAGCAGGCCAUAAACAUUUUAUGUAUUUGAUUUUCUCCCGAUUCAUUCAACGUAUUAUUUAUGGUGAUGAUGGCCAACCACAACAAAAUUUCCGCUACCCUUCUGCUCAUGUGAUUAAAGUUUGGAACACUGCUCUAUUUAUUUUUGGGCGUGAUAAAAUGCUCGUGAUCGAUACAAUGGAAUUGUACAAAAUAAAAGCUGACACGAAAACAUCGGAAAUAUUAUUGACGACUUAUGCUAAAUCCGGAAAACCUGAUCUCGCAUUCUUUUAUCUUCAAGAAAUAUUAAUGAAACAAAAAAAACCAACAAUCGCUAUUGUGAAUGUAUUAUUAGAAUCAAUAUUGAGUAGUUCAAAAUCUUUACGCAGCUCGAAGGAUAAAAUCGAUAUUAUCAAAACUUUGAUGCAGGCGCCAGAGUUGAGACCAAAUGGGCGUACAAUAGAAAUAUUUUUACAACAUACAAAAUCAUUUAUGGAAAUUGAGGCUGUUUGGAAGAUGGUGAUCGAUUAUGAAUUGCAGCGUAACCAAAAUGUUCAUUCGGAAUUAGUCAAGGCUUGUUUGCGAUUAAUUGACGAGAAAGUAAAUCUUGAAAAUGAUCAUUCAGAGCGAAUUGAAGCGAUGUUUUCAUUAUGUCUUGAUUACUUCUUGAGAUUUGAAAGAUAUUUGUUGCCCGAUGAUAAAAAGUCUGCUUAUAUUUAUAAUUUACUUUUUGAAAGAUGUGCUAAAUACAAGCUUCUCGAUAGAGGAAUACGAUUAUUCGAAAAUAUGGCGUACAAUAAUUUUGAACCAAAGAAAAGUGGCUAUAUACUUUUUCUAAAUGCAUUGGGACAUUCUACUGUAGAUAAUCCUGUUGAAAGUCUUCUUACAUCAUCGUCAUUUUCGACGCCUAUUUCUAAUAAAAAAAGUUCGAACCAAGAAAUACGACAUUACAAAGAUUCGGAACGCAAAAUUGUUUGGCAACUUUUGAAUAAAUUGAAUGAAGAGGAAUCAAUUGUGCAAAACGUUUCAAAAGAUUUAUUCAAAGCUAUAAUACUAGCAUUAGGUCGAGUUGGUGAUAAGUCUACGAUUAUUGAGUUGUUCGAUUAUUGUAUGGCAAAAGACUAUCAACAAGAAGAGGGUGAGCAUCGGCAUCAGCUUCGUUAUAAUCUUAAACAAAUCAAUGAAAAGUUAGGUGUAUUCAUGAAGAAGGCACGAAAUGUUCGAAUAGAUGUGUCAUUAUCAAAUACAUUCAUGCGAGCGAUCUCUUCACCGACAUACGGAAAUAAUGAUUAUUCUGAUCCUUAUUCUACAUUAUCUCUUUUUCGACGGCUACCUCAAAAUCUGAUACAUCCCAAAACCACUUUUGAACUAUUGAAUAAUAACUAUUCUUUACCAUUAUUAGAAUCAGAAUCAACAGCUGAAAUAUCAUCAAGAAGUAAUUAUAUAGUAAAAAAUGAUCUUCAAUUAGCAGAACGCGAGAUUAUUUUGGAUGCGAUUGUAAAAGGCAUUGUUAAAGAAGUUGGAAAUGUACAACAAAAUAUAGAUACUUCAGAAUGUAUCGAUUUAAUUGAUGAUUGG